AUGGCAGAGUGCAUGUGGUUUUAUAUGCGACAAAAAGUGCCUUUAAAACUUAAAGGUCAAUUCUAUUACACUAGUAUAAGACUGGCUAUGCUUUAUGGUACGCCAGAGAUCAAGCGACUCUUAGACCCUUUACAUCUCAAACAUGUACACCGUCCUGAUAUUGUUUGUCGAAUGUUCAAAAUGAAUCUUGAUAUGCUAAUUAAAGAUUUGAAAAAGGAAAGGUUCUUUGGUAAAGUUGUUGCUGAUGUUCACACAAUUGACUUUCAGAAACGAAGUCUACCACAUGCUCAUAUAUUGAUAUUCUGGGAUUCUUUAAGCAAUUUUCCAGAUCCAAAAGAUAUAGAUAAAGUAAUUUGUGCUGAGAUUCCUAAUCAAUUUGAGCAUCCAGAGUUGUACAAGGCUGUAAAAAAAUUUAUGCUUCAUGGUCCAUGCAGUUCGGCAAAUAUAUUUUCACCAUGUAUGAAAGAAGGUCGUUGUUCAAAGUUCUAUCCCAAGUCUUUUGCUGAUUUAACAACUAUUAAUGUUGAAAGAGAACCUGCUGUACAGAGAUUGAGCUUUCAUUUUCCUGGUCGGAAUCCAAUUCUAUAUGAAGAUGGUGAAGAUAUUGAUGAUAUUCUGUCAAAACCCGGGAUUGAUCAAUUAGUGUUUACUGCAUGGAUGGAUGCUAAUAAUAGUUACUCUGAGGCUAAAAAGUUGGCAUAUUCUGAGUUUCCAAGAUUCUUUGUUUAUAAUAAAAAAUAA